AUGGAUGAACGCACGCCGUUAGUGAAGCCGUCAGGCCGACCGGUGGAUGACCCUGAGAGGCUGUCAGAGGCAAAAGGAGAAACAAGGCCCGGAGUUGAUAUGGUUUUCUUCUUAAUUGCUGUGCUGGGUGUCUUUCUCGCUAUUGGCGAUGAAUACUUCGUUUUCACGACAAGCGGCCAUAUCGCGUCGGACUUUCACCGUCUUUCCCUCGGACCUUGGCUCAUCACGGCAUACAAUCUUGGAUACUCCGUCACGCUUCCUCUGUAUGGAAGAGUCUGUGAAAUCUAUGGUUACAAAACAACUUUGUUGGUGGCUUACAUUGUAUUCACUUUCGGGUGUAUGGUUAGCGGGUUGGCACCUUAUCUCGGAGUUGUGAUCGCUGGCCGGUUUGUUGCUGGCGCUGGGGGCGCUGGCAUGACCGAUUUGAUCAGCGUGAUCAUCACAGAAAUGGCACCAUUGAGAGAAGUCGCUGUCCUUCGAUGCUAUCUACAGAUGUCUGGAACUUUUGGUGUCACCAUAGGAUCGCCGCUAGGUGGACUCCUGACUGAUUUCUUAGGUUGGCGAUGGUCCUUCCUGAUUAAAGUCCCACUAGGGAUGUUUUGCUUUGGGAUGGCUGCAUGGCGAUUGCCCUCCGCAAUGAACGAUGGAUACUCGAGCACGAAGGAAGGAGGAGAACUGGGCGAAUCGAAACCAGAACUGAACCUACCGGGCAUUUGUCUACUAGGCACCAUUAUUGCAGCAAUCAUGGGAGUGUGUCAGCUUAUUUCGGAGGAGGAGUCGCCUCAGAAAACUGUGCUCGUGGCGAUAACGGUCGCAACUGUUAUCAUUGGAUGCAUCUUGUACGGGUUGAAUGAACGCUACUGGACCAAGGCAGCUCUAGUUCCGCUGAAUCUUCUAAAGACCAACGGUACUGGCCUUGCGUAUAUUGCACAAUUUCUGGCAAUGUUCACUUUCUGUGGAUUUUCCAGCAACUUCGCUGACUUUUGGGUCCGGACCAAGAAUACCUCUGCCAGCCUGGCGGCUUUAUCGAUACUUCCCUUGGCCGCGGCUAGCACUUUGAGUGGCCUUGUGGUCGGCAACAUUGUUCGGCGAACUGGGAAAUACAAAUCACUAUCGAUCAAAUGUUGCAUGGCGAUGACAUUAGGGAAUAUUCUUCUAGUAGCUCGAUUGCCCCAAGGGCCUUACUAUUGGGAGCUUCUCUUUACUAUCAUCAUGGGCGUCGGCAUGGGAGGAUUCUUCUCCGUGACCUUCGUCGGACUAUCGGCAUCGAUUCCCAGCCACAUGUCUGCUACGGCGAUGACAGCUUACUACUUGGCACAGCAGCUGGGAAUGAUGAUGGGGGUUAGCGCAACGUCUGUGACCUGCCGGAUGGUAUUCAAAGCGUAUCUUGAGCGGAAAUUUGCCGACUUUGCAGGUUCAGUUCAGGUGAUUUUCCUCGCUCGUUUGACCUCUGGGACAAUAAUUAACAAUGUGUCCAUGGUAAAAGACAGUUUCUUCCAGGCCUUUCGGGCCGUUCCAGUCAUGACCUCGGUUAGCAUGGCAUUGGUCUUGCCUAUUCUUUGCUAUUUGCCCGAGCGAUCUCUGGAUUAG